AACGGGAAAUUCCCAAGUGAAGUGGAGACGCGGGAACACCAGGCAGAUAUUCUGCUGGCGGAAGCCGGCAGCCGGGGGUAUGGCAGCUGGAGAGAACUGGCCAAAGCUCUGGCCAGCAAGAACAUUCCAGCUGUGGACCCACAUCUCCAGUUCUACCACCCCCAGAGGCUGAGCCUUGAGGAGCAUGAAAUUGACCGAGGUGGAAGCAGUAACAGCAGCUACUUGAAGUGGAACAAGCCUGUCCCCUGGCUCUCAGAGGCACUCCAGGGCCCUGGAGCCUGCUCAGUUGCUGUACCCUCACCACCCAGCAGUGGUGCCUGUAGCUUGGGCCUCCUGUUCCCUAUCUCCCUGGGUGCUGCUCCCACUUUGCCAAGUCUGCUGUGCUGCUCGGGUGCUGGCAUUGGCCCCACCAUCCGGAUUGGGGCAGAAACGGUGAUCACUGUGGACACGAAGGCAGCAGGCAAAGUGACCUCCCCCCAGCCAGGCAAAUACGUUAUCUGCGUGCACUUUGGUGGCAAGCACGUGCCCAACAGCCCCUUCCAAGUGACGGUGAGGAGGGUAGAACAGGAGGGGAAUCUGGCAGGCUCUGGGGACCAGCCCUCUCGGUGCAGCCCCUACUACAGCAGCUGGCCCCACAGUACACCUACACCCAGGGUGGCCAGCAGACUUGGACCCUGCGUGGGUGUCAAUGGGCUGGAUGUGACCGGCCUGAGGCCAUUUGACCUUGUCAUCCCUUUCACCAUCAAGAAGGGUGAGAUCACAGGGGAGGUUCAGAUGCCCUCAGGCAAGGUGGCACAGCCUGCCAUCACUGACAACGACAGCACUAUGACCAUGUGGUAUGCGCCCAUAGAGGCUGGCCUGCAUGAGAUGGACAUGCGUUAUGACAACAUGCACAUCCCAGGAAGCCCCUUGCAGUUCUAUGUGGAUUGCGUCAACUGUGGCCAUGUCACUGCCUAUGGGCCUGGCCUCACCCACAGAGUAGUGAACAAGCCUGCCACCUUCACUGUCAACACCAAGGAUGCAGGAGAGGAUGAGCAAGGGCCUAUCUCUGUCGAGGGCCUGUCCAAAGCAGAAAUCAGCUGCACUGACAACCAGGAUGGGACGUGCAGCGUCUCCUACCUGCCUAUGCUGCUGGGUGACUACAGUAUCUGGUCAAGUGACGACUCCAUGCAGAUGUCUCACCUAAAGGAUGGCUUGUUCACCGUGGUCCCGCCCUCAGGAUGGGAGGAGCCCUGUUCGCUGAAGCGACUGCAUAAUGGCCUCGUUGGGAUUUCAUUUGUGCCCAAGGAGACAGGGGAGCACCUGGUGCACAUGAAGAAAAAUGGCCAACACGUGGCCAGCAGCCCCAUCCCGGUGGUGAUCAGCCAGUCGGAAAUCGGCGUGCCAGCCACAUUCAGGUCUCUGGCCAGGGCCUCCAUGAAGGUCACACCUUUGAGCCUGCAGAGUUUAUCAUUGAUACCCGAGAUGCAGGUAGGCAGUUGCUGCCCACCAGUUGGGGCAGGAACACUGUACAUGGCACCCAAGCUCAGGGUUCUCCAUCCCCCAGGCUUUGGUGGUCUAAACCUGUCCACUGAGGGCCCCAGCAAGGUAGACAUCAACACAGAGGACCUGGAGGAUGGGACGAGCAGGGUCACCUACUGCUCCACAGAGCCUGGCAAGUACAUCAUCAGCAUCAAGUUUGCUGACCAGCACAUGCCCCGCAGCCCCUUCUCUGUGAAGGUGACAGGCGAGGGCCAGGGUCUGUGGGAAGCCUGGGGCUCAGGCAGUCCCAAGAGGAGGGGUGGAGCCCAGGGCUGCUGCUCACCAGCCUGUCACCACUGUCACCACCCUGAAGAAAUCAGCAUCCAGGAUAUGACAGCCCAGGUGACCAGGCCAUCAGGCAAGAGUCAUGAGGUUGAGAUCGUGGAAGAGAACCACACCUACUACAUCCGCUUUGUUCCUGCUGAGAUGGGCACACACACAGUCAGCGUCAAGUACAAGGGCCAGCACGUGCCUGGGAGCCCCUUCCAAUUCACUGUGGGGCCCCUAGGGGAAGGGGGAGCCCACAAGGUCUGAGCUAGGGGCCCUGGCCUGGAGAGGGCUGAAGCUGGAGUGCCAGCCGAAUUCAGUAUCUGGACCUGGGAAGCUGGUGCCAGAGGCCUGGCCAUUGCUGUCGAGGGCCCCAGCAAGGCUGAGAUCUUUUUUGAGGACCGCAAGUAUGGCUCCUGCGGUGUGGUUUAUGUGGUCCAGGAGCCAGGUACUGGGAACUGGCUGGACGAGGUGGGGUUGGAGGAGUUGGGACCCAGGGGUUGUGACUACAAAGUCUCAGUCAAGUUCAACGAGGAGCACAUCCCUGACAGCCCCUUUGUGGCACCUGGGGCCUCUCCGUCUGGCGACGCCCACCACCUCACUGUUUCUAGCCUUCAGUUAGGGCUAAAGGUCAACCAGCCAGCCUCUUUUGCAGUCAGCCUGAAUGGGGCCAAAGGGGUGAUCGAUGCCAAGGUGCACAGCCCCUCAGGAGCCCUGGAGGAGUGCUAUGCCACAGAAAUUGACCAAGGGAGCCCAGCUGAGUUCAUCAUGAACACGAGCAAUGCGGGAGCUGGUGCCCUCUCGGUGACCACUGACGGCCCCUCCAAGGUGAAGAUGGAUUGCCAGAAGUGCCCUGAGGGCUACCGUGUCACCAUUACCCCCAUGGCACCUGGCAGCUACCUCAUCUCCAUCAAGUAUGGCGCCCUACCACAUUGGGAGCAGCCCCUUCAAAGCCAAAAAUGCAGGCCCCGGCCAGUGUCAGCCCCAGGAGGUGGCCUGCUGCUCCUGGUGACACCAAGGACACGCUCUCGAGGCGGCCCUUCCUCUCGGGGCUUCCAACAGCCAACACAGGUCUACACGUGCAAGGGCGCUUCUGACUCACAGCACGCAGGAACAGCCUCCACCCUGAGCAUGGCGCCCUCUCCAGCAUGCUCCAGGGUGGACCUGUCUGCAGGAAGCCCGGCAGCCCUGUGA